GGGCAAAAAAGUAAUUUGGUAGUUCACUCCAGCACUGUUUUUCCAAAUUGGGAAAAAGCAUGCUAGUUUUCAAGUCGAAAAGCACCCUUAUUGGGUAUCAAUACAUUUUACAGGAAUUAAAGAGAAGAAAAGUUUGGAAAUGGAUCGAAGAAGGUAAGGGUGAAUCCAUUUUUCUCAUCUUUCGUUACAAUUUUUGGAUCAGCAAAAAUUCAAGAGCUUAUGCGAUUGCAAAAUCAGGACCUUUGAUUUUAUUUCUUCCCAAACAAACCCGUCAGUUUCGGGAAGAAUCAGUGGGAAUUUUGAUGGAAAAUUCCAAUAGGGUUGAAGCAGAACGCUUGCUUGGAAUCGCUGAAAAACUCUUGCACAAUCGUGAUUUCACCGGCUCUAAAGAUUUCGCCAUCUUAGCUCAAGAAACCGAGCCACUUUUGGAUGGCUCUGAUCAGAUCCUAGCUGUUGCCGAUGUGUUAUUGGCAUCGGAGAAGCUAAUCAACAACCAAAAUGAUUGGUAUUCGAUUCUUCAAAUUGAACGGCGAUCUGAUGAUUCAGAUCUCAUCAAGAAGCAGUAUCGGAAACUUGCGUUACUUCUACAUCCCGAUAAGAACAAAUUUCCUUUUGCUGAUCAAGCUUUCAAGUUGGUUGCGGAUUCGUGGGCUGUAUUGUCCGACAGUACGAAGAAAUCGCUUUACGAUAACGAGCUUAACCUUUAUGCUAAGAUCGAUUUGUCUCAUCAGAACAAAUUGCCAGUGCGCCGGAGCCAACGAUCUGGUGGUAAGAAACAGCAAGAAUUUGAGAGUAACGACGGCGCCAACGCCGAUGACGAUCAAUCUCCAAAUCAGCGGCUGAAAUUAUUGAGUUUCUGGACAGCUUGUCCUUACUGUUACGUGUUAUUUGAGUACCCUAGGGUUUAUGAGGGUUGCUGUUUGCGAUGUCAGAAUUGCAAGAGGGCAUUUCAAGCGGUGUUGCUUCCGUCGCUUCCGCCGCUCGUUCAGGGCCAAGAAGCCUAUUAUUGCUGCUGGGGUUUUUUUCCGAUGGGAUUUGCAGCUCAACAGAACGAGAAAAGUGGGAAGGGCAGCGAAACAGCCCCACCAACAACGGCGUUCCCCAAUUGGAUGCCCCCAAUAUUUUCUAACAAGCCUCAAGAAACUAGUAGAAAUGGACAAACGGCAGCCCCGGUGGCGGGGGAGGCGACUCCGACUGGUAGAGAGGGAGUGGUGGUGAAUGCUCCUCCCAUUGUUAGGGCUCCCAUAGUGCGUGGCACUGGCACAGGUAAGAAGAGGGGCAGGCCACGGAAGAAUCCGAUUGCAGCCUAAGCUAUUGUAAAAAUUUUCAAGAAUAACGCCAAUAUUUAUGGAGCCAAUUGGAAAUGUCUGAUUCUCUCUGUUGUAGUCUUUAUAUUAAGCGGUUAUGUCCAGGCGAGUUAGAACAAGGAAGGCUGAAGCUGGGGAAAUUUGAGGUAACAUUUUGGUGCAAAUGUUGGGGGCCUUCUGUUUUAACUUUUUUUUCAUGUUGAUUUUAGGCUUCAGAUGUAGAAAUUAGAUGGCUAGUUCCUCAUUUUCUUCUGCAUGUUGAUAUGUAAGAUGUAAUUUUAUUCAAACCACCAAUGAUAAUUUGGAGUUCCCUAUCCAA